AUGGCGCCCAAGAUUCUUGACAAGAGCACUGCAAUGAAACAUGAAGCAGAGGUCGACAAUCCCGAACAACCGGCCUUCGACUUGACUCCUCCUGCUGCAUGGUACAAAGAUGCCGGCUUGCUCAAGCUCUAUGCUAUGAUUAUCAUUCCGUUUCUCAGUGCCACGACAAAUGGAUAUGAUGGCAGUCUGCUGAAUGGACUGCAAACGAUGGAACCUUGGCAAACCUACUUCAACAAUCCCAGUGGUAGCACUCUGGGUCUGUUCAGCGCUAUAUUGCAAGUUGGAUCUUUCUGUGCCAUCUUCUUCUCAUCAUAUCUUGCGGAUCUUCUCGGUCGCAGGGCUGGCAUCACGGUGGGCAUGGUUGUUCUGCUCAUCGGUGUCAUCCUUCAAGUCGUCCCGACAGUAGACACAGGCAUGUACAUCGGUGGUAGAUUCUUGGUCGGCAUGGGAUCGAACAUUGCCCAAGGCUCAGCACCGCUCCUCAUCUUGGAACUCGCCCAUCCCGCUCACCGAGGCAAGGUUACAACAAUGUACAAUACGCUUUGGUGUGUUGGCGCAAUCGUAGCCGCUUGGACUGUCUUUGGGACAACGACUUAUACCACAAGUGCGGCUUGGAGAAUUCCCACAGCUGUUCAGGCAGUCAUGCCAUUGAUUCAGUUGGUCGGUAUUUGGCUCCUUCCCGAGAGUCCUAGAUGGCUCGUUUCCAAAGACCGCCACGAACAAGCUCUGAAAGUCCUCGCANNAAAGUCAUAUCAUGCAAAUGGCAAUGAUCAAGACCCUUUGGUCCAAAGCGAAUAUCUCGAAAUCCGCGAGACUCUGCGCGCCGAAAAAGAAUUCUCCACGCAAGGUUGGAAAGGUAUGCUCAGCAACAAAGGCAACAGAAGACGCAUCACACUCAUCGCCCUCGUCUCCNNUUUUUUCUCUCAAUGCUCUGGCAACGGACUGGUAUCUUACUACCUCCACGACAUCCUCGAGAGCGUCGGCAUGACUGAUUCCUACGACCAAGCCCUUUUCAACGGUGGUCUUCAAAUCUACAACUUCCUGAUUGCGGUACUGUUUUCGGUCACGCUUGUCGACAAACUCGGACGAAGGAAAUUGUUUUUGAUUGCUGCUGUUGGUAUGUUGGUGACUUUUAGCAUUUGGACGGCGUGUUCGGCUGUGUACAGUCAAACUGGCAACGAGGCAGCUGGCAAAGCAGUGUUGGCCAUGAUCUUUCUCUUCUAUGGUAUGGCUGGCUUCGCAUGGCCGGGUUUGACGGUUGCGUAUCCUGCUGAGAUUCUUCCGUUCAACAUCAGAGCCAAGGGAAUGGCAUUGCUCAUGGCCUUCCAAUCUCUUGCAUCGGUGUUGAACCAAUACGUCAAUCCGAUCGGCCUGGAGAGCAUUGCAUGGAAGUUCUACUUUGUUUACAUCGUCAUUUUGGCCGUUGAGUGUGUGGUUAUCUAUAUGUACUUCCCAGAGACUCGUGGACUCACCCUCGAAGAAGUCGGACAUCUUCUCGACGACGAUGAAAUGAGCGAUGUGGUUAAUGCGCGCUUGGAAAAGGUUGCUUCGAUUGAGGCUGUGCAUCAGGAGGUGGUUGGAGAGAACAAGAAAGUGUAG